AUCAAGCCAUAUAACCAGUUUCAACUAACGGACUCCGUGAAUACUUUUGAUACCACCAUAAGGUAUCUCAGAUAUACGUGGUUAAGUAAUCUCACGUAGUUUCACGAAAACGAUCGACGAUUUCAUUUCGUUCCUUCGAAAAACUUUGUGGUGUUUGUUGUUCCAAUUGAGAAUAUCUAUGGGACGACAUAGAAUGAAUCUUUUCGUGGCUUUAUUUGUGAUAUUUAUCCUUCGUAACAACGUAUUGGGUGUAUCAAAUAACCCGAAUGACAGCAGUGACGUGACGGAUGAUCAAUCAUCAGGGGCUAAGUUUUUCUACACCCCGGAGCCACGAGCCGAUAUUCGCCAGUACUACGAUGUACCAUCGAUCGGUAACAUUUACCGACCGUACCCAUCAAUCGAUAAAAGAAAGUGUCCGCUUUGCGAUAGCUCCAUAUAUCCCUAUUGCAGUGAGAAAUUGUUACAUGAUGCUUGCUGUUGCACAAAUCCUUACAUCGAAGAAUUGCCAUAUCAAUGCAAAUUGGCUGAUUGUCGAUUUUUACAUGCCAACAGUUGCAGAGAACAUCGACUUAUAGCGAAUUGUUGUUGUAGCGACGAUUAUCGUUCCUUAUUGAAAACUUUCGCGACGAAGACAUCGUCCUUGUCCUCGUCGUAGUUUUAUCCAACAAAAAGAACGAAGAAAAUUAAGCGGAAAUAUCUAAAUAGAACUUUCUUCAUCAUCAUUUUCUUCUUCGUCUUCUUCUUUCUUGUCAAAGUUCAUCGCGCAAAUGAACGCUUCUUCGUGCGACGUAAAAGAAAACUGGGUCAAUGAAAUCGUGACAAGGGCUGCUUGAUUAUUAAUUAUCCGAGUCAAUUAAUCUUGAAUUGCAUUCAAUAAAAUUACACUGGUAUAAAAAUGUUCUUGCUUGUUCUCAUUAUUUUAUCACGACCGAUAACAGACAAUCUUCAUUUAUUAUUAUCAUUUCUUAUUUCUCCCCACCUCAUUCUUUCACUUCUCAAUAUA